AUGGCCACUAACCCCCCGUCAUCCUCUCCCGCGAUCCUCGUGGAGCUGGUGGAGUUGGCCACAGGAACGAAAGAUCUCGUGUUUUCCUGGAUCUUUAACGAGUACCCGACAUUUGUGAUGCAGGACACUCGGCGCUUCAUCUCCCAGGAGACGGGUAAUCUGUACAUCGCCAAAGUGGAGCCCUCGGAUGUUGGAAACUACACCUGUGUGGUGACUAACACCGUCACAAAGUCCCGAGUGGAGGGUCCGCCCACUCCUCUAGUGCUCCGCAGCGAUGGUGUGAUGGGUGAAUACGAGCCAAAGAUUGAGGUUCAGUUUCCAGAGCUUGUUCAUGUUGCCAAAGGAUCCACUGUGAAGCUGGAGUGCUUCGCUCUGGGAAACCCGGUACCGUCUAUCACCUGGAAAAGAGUGGACGGUGUCCCCUUCCCCAGGAAAGUGGACAUGAGGAAAGCCAGCGGCGUCCUGGAGAUCCCGUAUUUCCAGCAGGAGGACGCGGGCACGUACGAGUGCGUGGCGGAGAACUCCAGGGGGAUGAACACAGUGAAAGGGAAGCUCUCUUUCUAUGCUCCCCCUCAGCUCAUCGAGAAACCCCAGGAUGUCCAGAAGCUCAUCGAUGAAUCCAUGGUGUGGGAGUGCAAAGCCACCGGGAAGCCAAAGCCUUCGUACAGGUGGAUGAAAAAUGGAGAGAACCUGGAGCCUGUGGAGGAGCGCAUACAGGUGGCCAACGGAGCAUUGACCAUCAGCCGCCUGACCCUGGCCGACACAGGGAUGUACCAGUGUGUGGCCGGGAACAAGCACGGCGAGGUCUACUCCAACGCAGAGCUCCGAAUUAUAGCUGUUGCCCCAGAUUUCUCUCACAACCAACUGAAGAGCCAGACGCUGGUGAAGGUAGGAGGAGACGUGCUCAUCGAGUGCAAACCAAAGAUGUCUCCUUGGGGUGUGAUCUCAUGGCGGAAGAGCAACGAACCACUCCGAGAAAGUAACAGGAUCUCCAUCUUGGACAACGGUAACCUUCGGAUAUGGAACGCAACCAAAUCUGAUGCAGGCCUCUUCACCUGCAUGGCACGAAACCAGUUUGGCGUGGCCAGCAGCACAGGAAGUGUCACCAUUAAAGAGGCGACCGUCAUCACCACCCUGCCCAACACGCUGGACAUCACCGUGGGGGAGAGCGUGGUCCUGCCCUGCCAAGUGAGCCACGACCCCUCCCUGGAGCUCAAGUUCACCUGGUUCUUCAACGAGCAGCUCAUCUACUUCGGGAACCAUGAGGGAUUCUUUGAAAAAGUGGGAGGCCAACAUUCGGCAGGAGACAUUAUGAUCCGAAACAUCCAGCUGAGGCAUGCGGGAAAGUACACGUGCGCUGUGCAAACCAAGGUGGACAGCAUUUCCAUCGCUGUUGACUUGGUAGUCAGAGGUCCCCCGGGGCCGCCUACCAGCAUCCAAGUAGAAGAAAUCACUGAUACCACAGCCUCUCUGUCCUGGAGGCCUGGUCCCGAUAAUCACAGUCCAAUUACGGCAUACACCAUCCAGGCCAGGACACCAUUUUCCCUCGGGUGGCAGGCUGUCACCACAGUUCCUGAGGUGGUGGGGGGCCACCGGCUGACAGCUACAGUUAUAGACCUGAGCCCUUGGGUGGAGUAUGAGUAUCGAGUCCUGGCGGGCAACACCAUCGGCACUGGGGAGCCCAGCAAGCCCUCCAAACAAGCAAGGACGAAGGGGACCUCUCCGAAGGUCACACCAGCUAAUGUGAGUGGAGGCGGUGGCAGUCGCUCCGAAUUAGUCAUCACAUGGGAGCCGGUUCCAGAGGAGCAGCAAAAUGGACCGGGUUUUGGCUACGUUGUGGCUUUUCGACCCCACGGUGCCACCGGGUGGAUGCAGGCUGCCGUAACAUCCGCCGAAGCAUCCAAAUACAUCUUCAAAAACGACACCAUCCAGCCCUUCUCGCCUUUCCACGUGAAGGUUGGGGUUUAUAACAAUGAAGGGGAAGGGCCUUUCGGACCUGUUACCACGAUCAACUCAGCUGAAGAAGAGCCUGGCCGAGCUCCCACCAGGGUCCGUGCCAAGAGCCUCUCAGCAUCCGAGAUUGAAGUUUUGUGGAAAGCUCUGCCCUGGAACACCAGCAAGAAAAGAGUCCUGGGCUAUGAGCUGAGGUACUGGACUAGAAGUGAAAGGGAAGACACGACUAGUGUGCUAAGGACUGUAGGAAACCAAACGUCUACCAUUAUCCGCGGGGUAAAAAGCAGCACCACGUAUUACAUCUCAGUGAGGGCGUAUAACACUGCUGGAACAGGGCCUCCCAGCCCCACCGUCAACGCUACCACCAAAAAACCACCGCCUAGUCAGCCACCAGGUAAAGUGAGUUGGAACACAUCAAACUCCAAGAUUAUAUUGAACUGGGAGCGAGUCAAAGCCCUCGAGAAUGAGUCAGAGGUCACUGGUUACAAAGUGCUGUACAAGAAGAACAGACACAGCCGCCCCCACGUCAUGGAAACCAACACCACCUCUGUGGAGCUCGCCCUGCCCACCGAUGAGGAUUAUAUCAUCCAGAUAAAGCCCUUUGGAGAGGGAGGGGAAGGCAGCAGUAGCAGGCAGAUCACCAUCCCAAGGAUACCAGGCCCCAACGCCGUCGGCUCAGCAUCCAAGGUCUCCACUCUAUCAGCCCUGAGUACAAUAGCACUGUCUUUCACAGCGCGGACAUCUUUAUGACAAACAGCUCCCAGCAGACGGUGCAUCUGAUGUGGAGACAUCUCUUCGGCAGAACGCAAACACAGCCCACUCUGGUGUAACUAGAUCCAUUCAUUUAGAUUUUAGAGGCAAAAGGGAGACAUAAAAAAAAUACGCCAUUCAGAUGACAGGGAAGGAGUCCCCUUCAGCACCCGAGUAAAGGAGAUUGAGCGAUGUCGUGACCAUGUUGUUACCAAAGCAGCUUUCAUAAGAAAAAAACUAAAAUAAAGAGAAAAAUGUCUUAUAUGCAUCUUUUUGUAUGACAUGUUGAGCUUUUAUAGAUUUGUGUUUGUCCUUAAUCAAUUUGAAGUCAGUCUGGGCUUACUGGGGCGAAAACAAUAAAGUGCAUGGCAAAUAACAUCAUCAAAUUUUCCAGUCUGAAGGCUAAGAAUGUGAUUUGACAGCGCACCUUCUUCUCAAAUAAGACAAUACUUGUAGAUUGGAGACGUUUCUUUUCUUCAAGUGAAUGAACUCUUAGCUGUUGUCUGUAACAUCUCUGCGUUUUCUGUUUCUGCAAUAUUUCAAAAAUGGUUUCACUCCAAGGACUGUAUUGACUUGGGUCAUUCAUGGUCAUCUUAUCAAACACUGUAGAGGAACAGAGGACAAAUCAUCCGUCUCUACAGCCCAUGCUAAUGCUUUACAAUUGGGAAAGUCUUAGCAUACUUGAUGAGGUUAGCCAGUUUAAGUUUUUUUUUAAGAUUCUUUAUAUAUAUAUUUAUAUAUCAGGAAUCUGUAGAAAAACAUCCUCCUACAUUAGUUCAUGCUAACUGGACUAUAGAAAAGGAUUGGAUUUCCUCAAGUCAGUCGUAAUGCAAUACUUACGUUUGUGUUGAGUUAAUAGUGUUCAUAAUCAUUCCUCUGUCCAUCCUGGCACAUUGAAGUAUGCCUACACUAUAAAAGAUACAGCUAACAUGAGGCUGUAGCAGCAAUCAAACAGUUAUCAAAAAAGUUGUAUUCUUCAAUCAAAAUCCCCUUUUUGAUUUCUUCCAAAUGUCUUCUCGCUUAGAAGCAUCACAGGGAUAAAUCUGUAGGGUUAGGGUUAAGAAAAUGUGUUGUAGGGAAAUACAUUUAAAAAACGUACACUAAUACAUCCAUGGAGUGUUAGGGUUUAAGAAACAGUAAUGUUAGUUUCCUAAAUAAAUGUUAAAUGCUCGUUUCCAGGUCAAAAUGUUGAAAUAACCCACCUGCUGCUUAGUCGUUUACCCUUUUUUCACCCUCAAAGUUGCACAUAAGACGUUACACAUUGAUAUUCGGGUUGUUUCUUAUGGCACACACAUAAUUUGGUAUGUAUAGUAAAGAUAGGUUAUACAUGUAAAAAUAUAGGGGCCCGGGAUCAUAGUACUAUGGGAAAAUAAGACCCUUUGAAAACUUGGGACCCUGGGAGCAUAGGACCAUCAAAACAUAUAGGAAUGAACCCAACAUACCCACUUGAUUUUUUGCUAACCGAAGAUUGCUUACGCCUCUUAUUAGUCCUAUCCAAACUGUAAAUUAUAUUAUAAGUGCACUCAAAAGGGAUCGCUUCAUGGACAGAUCGAAUGACCACAUUAGGCGCAUUCACACCGCAGUACUUUUCCCAAAAGAUUCAUGAGAACUU